GGAUGAGCGUACCAUACUGGAGAAUCUAGAUGCUCGCUACAGCAAUGACCAGAUAUACACCUACUGCGGUAGUAUCCUUGUGUCAGUGAACCCGUACCAUAUGUUCAACAUCUACGGACUAGACAUGGUGAAACGCUAUGAGGGUCAGCCUAUUGGAGCACUGCCACCGCACUUGUUUGCUAUCUCGAGUACAGCUUAUGGCCGGAUGAUGAAAAACACAGAAAACCAAGUUAUCGUGAUCAGCGGUGAGAGUGGCGCUGGUAAGACGGAGGCAACGAAACUGACAAUGCAGUACCUGGCAGCAGUCAACAGGUCUGGGAGUAGCACAAUCACAGAGCAAAUCCUCGAGGCUAACCCACUCCUCGAGUCCUUCGGCAAUGCCAAGACCAUCCGCAAUGACAACUCUUCCCGAUUUGGCAAAUACAUCGAGGUUUUCUUCAAACAGGGUUCAAUAGUAGGGGCUCGGACCUCAGAAUAUCUUCUCGAGAAGUCCAGGAUCGUCACACAGGCCCCGGAGGAGCGCAACUACCAUGUCUUCUACGAGAUGUUGGCGGGAAUGUCAGGAGACCGCAGGAAACAGUUCGGGCUUACAAGCCCCGAGAAAUACUUCUACCUCAAUCAGGGUGGAAGCUGUACCCUGUCUAGUCGAGAUGACUCGGACAGUUACCGUAUGCUGUGUGACGCAUUCCAAGUCCUCAACUUCAGCAGACAGGAGGAGGAAACAAUACACAAAAUCCUUGCCGCUGUCCUCCACUGUGGCAAUAUCUUCUUCAAAAGAAUCAUGGUUGACAACCAUGACACAGUGGAGAUGGGCAGUUCCGCUGAGGUGAAAUGGAUCUCACACCUCCUGGAGCUCUCUGAUGACUGGCUGAAACAGGCUCUUACACAGAAAGUCACUGAGACAAAAGGUGACAGGGUUCUCACUCCGUACAACAUAGACCAAGCCCUGGAUUCAAGGGAUGCCAUCUCCAAGGCACUGUACAGUCGUCUGUUCACGUGGCUGGUAGAGAGGAUCAACAUGAUUGUGUGUCGAGCUGAGCGUGAAAAGUCAUCCUCGCUCGCUGUCCUUGAUAUAUUUGGAUUUGAGGAUUUCCAUGUGAACAGCUUUGAGCAGCUGUGUAUCAACUACGCCAAUGAGACCCUCCAAUUCUUCUUCAACCAGCAUGUGUUCCGACUCGAGCAGAAGGAAUACGCGAAGGAGAAAAUCGAGUGGUCAAAUAUUGAUUUUCAAGACAACCAGCCAGUAAUCGACCUGAUUGCUAGCAAACCUGCUGGGAUCUUACAUAUACUGGAUGAUGAGUGUAACUUUCCACAGGCUACAGACAACUCAUUCCUGGAGAAGUGCCAUUUCCACCACAGUGACAAUGGGCUGUACGGGAAGCCCCGAAUGUCCCACCCUGAGUUCCAUGUCAAUCACUACGCCGGAAAAAUCAAAUAUAGUGUGCUUCACUUCCUGGAGAAGAACAAGGACACGCUGCGCAGUGAUGUCGUUGAACUCCUUUGUGAGAGCAAGAAUAAGAUGAUCGCCCAAAUGUUCAAGGAGAUGAGGGACCGUUUCAUCAACAAAACAUUGAACAAAGCAACUGGCCGGUUUGUGACCAUGAAGCCACGGACUCCAACAGUUGCGGCAAACUUUAGUGAAUCCUUGUUGUCCCUUAUAGACACAAUGUCGCGGUGUAACCCCUACUUCGUGCGGUGUAUCAAGCCAAAUAAUGACAAAGCGCCGAUGUCAUUUGAAAGGUCUGUUGUGCUGGAUCAGUUAAGAUAUACAGGAAUGUUGGAAACUAUACGAAUACGGAAAAUGGGCUUCCCAGUUAGAGUCAAGUUCCAUCAUUUCAUCGAAAGGUAUCGUUGUGUGCUACGUGGUGAGCGGAUCCAUGUGAACCACCUGCCGACGGACGUGUGCCUAAUGAUCCUCAAAACCCAGCCCUCCCACCUUGUACACCUAUACAGGAUCGGCGCUACCAAGGUGUUUAUGAAGGAGGAGUUUGAGCACCACCUGGACAUGGAGGCGCGCAAACUGCACACAGAAGCAGCACUUAACAUACAGAAAUGUGUGCGUAUGUACUUGGCGCGGCGGUGGUUCCUCGCCACCCACCGGAGGACCCUUCGGCUGCAGGCAGCAAUACGUAUGCACCUCACAAGGAAGCGUUACCGAACUGUGCACCAUGGAAUUAUUAAAGCUCAGGCCCAGUUUCGUAUGCACAGACAACGCAAGACAUAUCUAAAGACACGCGAAGAGUUACACCGAAAACAAAAACAAGAGCAGUUGGCUAGGCAACGGGAGAACGCUCGCCUCAAAAUGGAGCGUGAACGAAGGGAGCGGGUUCUCCAGGCAGAGCAGAGCAUCAAAAACCUUGACAUUCCUGGGGAACUGGCCUUUGUCUACAACAAACUUGAUGACUGGCGUCCGGCACACAGCGACCGUCACAUCAUCUCGGUGAUUGGGGAUGUUGUUCCUAUGCAGUUCCAGUACAGACUCCCCACAGAUAUCAACUCACAUGCAUUUAGCAAAUACUCCAAUGCAUACUUCAAAGACCCUGACUGGGGUGUGGGUGUAGAGCCCAUAAAGUCAGCCCUUACACAUGUACAGGGCGAACAAAAUAACAGGCAGGCCCUCGCCACCUUCAAACUGAUCCUGAAGUUCAUGUAUGAUGGUACGCUGGGUGACCGAAAGGAGAAGGUACUGGCAGACUACCUUGUGCAGCUGGGACUGCAGAAUGAAGGCCUGCGUGACGAGAUAUACUGCCAGCUGGCCAACCAGACCUGGCGCAACCAGAAGAUUGCACCGGCGGAGCGGGGCUGGCAGCUCAUGGCUCACUGCCUCUCAGCUUUCCCUCCCAGCCAGACCCUCUUCAAGUUUCUACUCAAAUAUGUGUCUGACAUUGGAAUGGGUGGUUACGCAUGGUUCUGCCAGCAUAAGGCCUUGCAGUGCGGAAGCAUUGAACCACAGCUGUGCCGCAUCUACCCACCCUGCCUUCUUGAGUGGAGAGCAGCACAAAGGAAAGCCAACAUGGCUCUUGAAGUCAGAUUUGCAGACAAUGCCACAAUGAUUGGCCAUGUAGAGUCUUGGACAUCAGGGGAGGAGUUCUGCAAACAUCUGCUGAACCUGCGCGGUCUCCGUGAAAACAACCGGGGCUGGACCCUAACGCUGCAAGAGGAUAUGGACUACUAUGAGCUUAUGGGGCUUGACUAUGUGUUUGACCUUGUCAGUGAGAUGGAGAUCUCCCCAGGGUUCCCUGUUUGCCGUUCACACUUCCUUGUCUCGUCUGACCGCACUCGUGAGCCACAAACAAUGCAGCGAAGCCUUUACCAUGAAUCACCUCACAACCCUGAGCGUGAGCGACGUAUGGUAAUGGUUGGCAAGUUGCCAGAACCUCUCAAAAUUGACAUCACGAAGAUUGAGCAGCGCAGUAUGAAGCAGCGUGUUGUCAACGGGGAGGAAGCGGAGGAGAACGGGGUUGAGUUCUCUAUGACGAGUGUUCUAAACAAGCGACCCCAGGGUGUGAGUGUGGAUGGGCUCUCCGACACCAAACUAAACUUGCGCUACACAAAACGGAAGGCAGCACCCAGCCCUCCAAUCGCUAAUGGCCAUAUUAUCACCAACGGUUACAAUAACGGUGACAUUCUAGAUAGUAGCAAUGACUUGUCACAAACACAGCUGAAUAGGCGAUACAAUGGUCUGAAUGGUGAAGACAUUAGCCCUACAAAACUGAACCAAAGGUACUUGCGUAUGACCAAGGUGGCUGGUCGCCAGGGAGGGGCAGCCAAUAAAAUUGCUCACAAGCGAGAUGGGGACAAUGUGUCUGUGGGCACAGGCCAGUCAGACUGGUCACACUGGGUGGAGGAUGUGUUCAGUAAUGCCCUGAAUGAACAUGUGGAUGGGCUGUCUGAUGCCAGGUCUGUGGAACAUCGGCUGAAGGGUGGUGGCAAGGGGGCAGGGGAUGGUGUGCCCGGGCCUCAGUUCCAACAGGUGAGACAGCCAGGAAUGGGUGUCCAGAUGAAUGGUGGUAUCAACAUCCCCAUGCAGCAGAUGCAAGGGGGUGGGAUGAUGAAUGGGAGCCUGCCUAACAUGGCCACAACCCCCAUGGGCAUGACCCCAGGGAUGGCUCCACAACUCACACCCCAGCAACUUGCGGCACAGCAACAAGCCAUGCUCCAGGCUUAUACCCAGGCCCAGCAGCAACAGGCCAUGUUGCAGGCAGCCUACCAGCAACAACAGCAACAACAGCAACAACAGGCACAGGCACAACCAAGCCAGCAGCAGCAGUAUGCUGCCAUACAGACCUCCCUGCAACAACAGCAGCUUCAGCAGCUGCUACAGCAACAACGCCUCCUGCAGGCAGCACUACAGCAACAGAUGCACCAGCAGACAUCACAGGGUGGAAUUUCAUCACAACAACCAAUGAUGUCAUCACAACAACCAAUGAUGUCAUCACAACAACCAAUGAUGUCAUCACAACCAAUGAUGUCAUCACAACCAAUGAUGAUGUCAUCUCGAGCUGCAUUUAGUCCAAACACUAGCUUUAAUGCACCACAAGGAGGACUUCCAUUUGCUCCUGGUCAGAGCACCCAGUCAACAUUCUCAUCCCAGAGCCAACAAACACGCAUGGCUGCUCCAGUCCCCGUCAGCAAUACAGUGAGUUCCCAGCAGAUGCCCAUGACAUACCAGGCAGUGGAGACCAGGGAUGUGACUGAUGGAGCCAGCGGACCUAGACGUGUGUUUAAAUUUCGACAACAGUUUGAGAAAGAGACUGUUAACGGAAGUCAAGCCCAAGAGCAGGUUCCAUCUCCUCCACCACCUCCACCAAAUCAGUUUGCAGACAUCCCGCGGAUGGCCCCCGCCCCACCAGCUCCACCCCCACCCCCUCCUCCCAAAGAGCUACCCCACGUCUUUGACUCUGACAAAGGGACAUUCACUUUCCGGGAUCGUAAGGGUCGGGCACGCACAGUGAGAAUCGGGCGUGUUGUGUGGCCACCACCGCCAGACAAGGAGGAGAAGCAUACUCGGCAGGUCGGGCGGCUCGAGAUUGACGAGAAGGUUCAACGUGAGCUAGACGAGAGAAUGAGACCCACACAGCCCAAGUUGGAAACCCCUAGACAGGAAAAGAAGCCUGAGCCGGCUCGUAAGAAGCAACAGCUGGCAGAGACUGUGCACUUGGCUACACUGCAGCUGCUGGAGGAGAAGAUGGGACAUAAGGAACCGCCAAAACCUCCAACUCCACCCCCACCCAGGAUUGAGACACCACCACCCCCAGUGAAGCAGCCGCCUCCAAAGGUGGUCCAUGCAACACAAACCCAUGUGAUCAAAGAGAUAGAGACCCAGACAGAGGAGGCCCCACCUCCGGAGCGUGACGUGAUUGACUACCGUGCCCUGGAGCUGGUCGUCACGGAGCUGUUCACCCAAAACAAGGACACCUUCCUCACCUACAGCAACGUACCCUGGACACUGCACGUCAGGAAAGAGGUGUUUGUUCCUGGUGAAAGGCUGGACAACCCACUGGCGCUGCACCUUGUCUUCUGUCAGGUGGUACAGGAUGUCUACAACAACGCCUGUAUACGUAUAAAUAAGGAUGAUCGCAUCAAGAUGCGGGGCAUGCUGGAGAGUCAUGGAGUAAAUGCGGGUAACUACCUGUCAGGUUCCUUCAAGAACCAGGUGAAGCGGAUCAUUGUGGACACGGCCAAGGAGUGGCCAACUUACUUCUGUAGGCUCUUCCCAGUUGCUUCGAGUGGCCACCUGGCUGGGGUUCACUAUGUUGGCAUAAGUCACUCAGGCAUCUACCUCGUACAGAGGGUCAAAUCCCUCGUUGAAGAUUACCUUGACGUCGUCGAACACAUUAAGUACGAGGAUGUGGUAGAUGUUGUAAUGCCGUCUCGGACGUCAAUACAGAUCAGCACAAAGAACAAGCCAUAUGUCUUCUAUACAAACCGUGCCCAACAAAUGAAGGAUAUGCUGGAUGAGUACCUCCGUGCUUCAGAUAUGGUGAACAGUUACGUUGUGGCAGUAAAAGAUUAUCUGACGAGUGAGAGUACUCUGCUCUCCUUCCGACGUGGAGAUGUCAUCAAACUCAUGGACGCUGAUGUUGACGAAGGUCAUGUAAAGCGAGGUUGGCUAUACGGCAUACUGAAUGGUGUGGUGGGGUAUUUCCCUGCAGAACUUGUGCGACCUCUGGCAAGACAUGAGGUUGAAGUUGCACGCAAAGAAGCCGUCGAUCGAACACAAAGCUUCCGGAGUCAGCAGCCAGUUGGCCACAUCUCGGAGACCACAGUUCAGCGGGUCAUACAUAAGUCACACAACACCAGUAGGGAAAAUUCACGAGAGAUGGUGCGUGAUUCCCCUAUGUUACGUGAGGCUCUACCGGCUCCCGACAACAGGAGUGAGACGAGCCAGGGGACUGUCGUUCCCGACGGCAAGUUCUCCAUGAUGGAGUUCGCUCUCCUCUCCUACCGUGAAAGCAUGGAGAACAAUGCUAGCAUCCUGUCCGAGUGGCGUCGUAACCAGUCAGGACAACGCACACCUAAUUUCUCGGAGCUUGCAGACAUGCUAGGUGCCAUACACCACUGUGUUCUUGCAGGAUGUCAUAGCACCCACCCUGGUUUCUUACCUUUCUUGCAAAUAUUCUCUCUCAAUAUAACAAUGUUCCCAAGGUCUGAGAAAAGUCAGGGGGAAAAUGACUCUUUCAAAGACAGGGGGUAAAUGACUCUUUCAAAGUUAUGGGAAAAAUUACUAUAAUUUCAAAGUCAGGGAAAAAUGACUAUUUCAAAGUCAGGAAACUUGUAAAUUGGUAAGAAAAAUUUGGGAAAUGAGCGGUCAGGAAAAUUUGGAAUCUUAGAUCGAGGACUGUGGAAACAAU